AUGCAAGUCUUGCCGGAGAGAUCUGAGCAGCGGAAUUUCGAGACCGAAGCCUUGCCACACAGUCCACAGCUACAUCGUAAGAUCUCCCUGACAAGGAGCAAUGGAUAUGAGGAAUGCAAUGCUCCACUCGAAUUCCCCAACGCCUUGGGCGAAGAGGCAGAGAAAAAAGUGUGCAAGCUAAAAGAUGAACUUGCAGUUUGUCAGACAGAACUAAGCAAACAUAAACAUCUCAAUGAGGAGUUACAGCGGCAACUCAUGGGCCACAAAGCUAGGCUUGCACAAAUGCAAAAGCUGAUGCUUCGUGCCGGACACAAAGAGGCUGUUUCGGGGGACGACGAAAUCGUUGAAAGAUUCGCCAUACUCAGAAGUGACAUCUUCCAAUUGGUCAAAAACCAUUUCAGCAAGCCGAUACCGUCCCCGAAGGGCGCCUAUGAUCCAGACGCUUGUCCCGAGAUUGCGGAGCUUACAACCCGCGCAAACGUUGCAGACGGACUGUACUCUUCGUUCUUUCACCCAACGGUUAUGCUCUUUGGAAUUGAAGAUCACCGAAGCGACAGCCUUUUCAAAUGGGUGGAAGAUAGCGUACUAGCGAGGUGUGGCAACUCUGGCGAACUGAUCGAGUGGCGAGCCAGCAGCGUUCGAAUCGCAAAAUUGUUGGAUAUGGGCGAUCGUGACCAAUAUCCGGCGAUGGCUGCGGAUCAGCUAUGGGACCAGAUCGGGUUGACAUGCCACCACCCUUUAUACUCCCCUUUGAGAGAUCAAGCCAAAACAGAACUUCAAGAUGUGUGUAACAGUGCCUAUAAAGUUGCACUGCUGCUUCGUGAAGCGAAGAUCGAAUACGAGUGGCAGCAGGAUAUUGGACGCCUCAAUCCAUCGGAAACCACGCUCGGUGACUAUGAGAUUCUGGGGACGACGGGUCCAGAGGCUAGCGAUCAACAUGCGAUUCAUUGCAUCGUGUUCGGAGGGGUCAUCAGAGGCGACAGGCACACGGGGCGGCUGAAGGAUGGAAGCACCCGUCUGUGCAAGACGGGCGUGGUCAUCAUGCCUCCUCUGCCGUGA